GUUAUGUUUACACCCUGGCCACAAUCCGAUCAAUGCUCGUGAUAUCAAGACAGCAGAGAGGAAAAAGUGUAUCCCACAUGUGUACUGUGUUGGGUUUUUGUUAGAAGAAGGGGCACAAGCUUAGCACGAAAUGGACUGUGAAAUCUUCUGGCUGAUCUAGAAUACUCCAGCAUCAUCAUAUCUGUUCGUUGAGUGCCGAGGAGGAACGUGUCGCUGCUCCGAUAUAGUGAUCGACUUUUGAAUUUCGCUGGCCUCUCAUAGUAAUCCUCAAGCCUUGGACUGUAUGAGACAACUCCUCUCUCCCCUUCCUUCUGCUAUCAGCCACCAUGUACAGCAGCGGCUACUCCCAGGUCUCCAAGCCCAGUCCAGCGGCCCAAAAGAGGAUGCAGUACCGCUCAAAGGGCAAGAGCUGCGGCUACUACAUGCGCAUUGUCUUCUUCUUCUCUUCGCUCAUUCAGUCUCUUAUCAUAGUCAGCCUUGUGCUCUUUCUGGUCUACGGUAAGAAGCAGGACUCGGCGUGCACAACACGCACUCAUGACCUGGAGGAGAGCUUCAGCAGACUCUCCAUAGAGAACGUCGCCUUCAGGCAGCAGAGGAGGAACCUGACCAACUUACUCAAUGCCACAAUGACUUACAAGGCCCGCAACGACUGGGACCUGGCUAAACUCCGCCACUACGCCAACAUGUCAUCACUCAUCAUCCAUGAAUAUCACAAGAAACUGCAACACUGCAAUACCGAGUUGCUCAUGUGCAAGGCCUCUCCACGUGUAAAUUGCGACUGCACAACAAGAUCAGAUAACUGUAACUGCGGGCUACUGACUGAACGGCUGAAAGCCCGACUGGAGUUUGUUGAGUCCAAUUUCACCCAAACAGUAAAGAGAAUGAGGAUAGAAAUGGACCAGACGGCCAAAGAGAGGGACUUCAUCAACUUGGAGGCCAUCCGUCUCAGGAGGGACAAAUCCACCCAGGAAAAGGAGUUGCAAUUCAAUAAACAAAAGUGUAAAGAUGAAUUUUUCCAGUCCUUGAGCGGUGUCUCCAAUGUUUCCAAGGCUUUCCUAGGGAAGAUCAAUUCCCUCUUCCCGACACACCUUGCCUUCCAGCUCACCUGCUCAAAACAGAGGGAAUACCUGGAACAGAUCCGCACCAACUGCACCAGUCUGUCCAGAGAAGUGGAGGACAAGUUCCAGCAUUACCUGAACAGUGUGGGAGUCCAGCUGUCAGACAUCCAUGAUGAGAACAGUCGCUUGAAAGCAGAGAACUGGCGACUGUCUGAGGACUACCGCUGGUGCACCCAGAACCGCACGGGCCUGAUCAAGGAGCACAAACAGAACGUAGACAAGCUUCAGCAGAAACAUGAUCAGGACAAGGAGAGACUGCUGAUGGAUAAGAUGGGUUUAAAUGGAGAGAUACAAGUCCUGGAAAACAAUAUCAAAUAUAAAAUUAAAGAAGUUGAUCACCUCACACACCAAAUCAAGCACCUCAACAUGACCUGCAUGUCUAAGACAGGGCUUGGUGGAUUGGGAGUUGGGUCGACCUCUCGGACAAGCUCAUCGAGUCAGUCUGGGGGGGGGUUCUUAGGUGGUGGUGGAUCGAGCUCUGCUGGUCAGUUUGGUAGGGCAGGUUCAGUCGGUGUGGGUUUGAGCUCAGGCUCCUCUGGAUCAGCAUUCAAUAAGCAAGGCUCUUCAAGCUCAUCCUUCUUGUCACCUGGGUCCAGUUCAAGCCUUGGCUCCAUCGGGUCAGGGUUAAAUAGGCUAGGAUCGACUGGGACUGGGUCUUCAAGCUCAUCCUUCUUGUCACCUGGGUCCAGUUCAAGCCUUGGCUCCAUCGGGUCAGGGUUAAAUAGGCUAGGAUCAACUGGGACUGGGUCUUCAAGUUCAUCCUUCUUGUCACCUGGGUCCAGUUCAAGCCUUGGCUCCAUUGGGUCAGGGUUAAAUAAGCCAGGAUCAACUGGGACUGGGUCUUCAAGUUCAUCCUUCUUGUCACCUGGGUCCAGUUCAAGCCUUGGCUCCAUCGGGUCAGGGUUAAAUAAGCCAGGAUCAACUGGGACUGGGUCUUCAAGUUCAUCCUUCUUGUCACCAGGGUCCAGUUCAAGCCUUGGCUCCAUCGGGUCUGGGUUAAAUAAGCUAGGAUCAACUGGGACUGGGUCUUCAAGCUCAUCCUUCUUGUCACCCGGGUCCAGCUCAAGCCUUGGCUCCAUUGGGUCAGGGUUCAAUAAGCCAGGAUCAACUGGGACUGGGUCUUCAAGCUCAUCUUUCUUGUCACCCGGGUCCAGUUCAAGCCUUGGCUCCAUUGGGUCAGGGUUCAAUAAGCCAGGAUCAACUGGGACUGGGUCUUCAAGCUCAUCUUUCUUGUCACCUGGGUCAAGUUCAAGCCUUGGCUCCAUUGGGUCAGGGUUCAAUAAGCAAGGGUCAACUGGAAAGGGCUCUUCAAGCUCAUCUUUCUUGUCACCUGGGUCAAGUUCAAGCAGUAGCUCCACUGGGUCAAUAUUUAAUAAGGCAUCAUCAUCUGGGGGAUCUUCAUCAAGCUUGGGCUCAGCAGGCUCAAGUCCAAGUCUUAGCUCAAGUGGGAUAGGCUCAAAUAAACCAACAACAAGUGUGAAAAGCUCCCCAGGCCUUGGGUCAUCAUCUGGGUCAACUGGGUCAACAAGCAAGUCUGGGUCAGCCAACACCGGAUUUAACUGGUUUGGGUUUGGGAAUAAUAACGCAGGACAAAGUAAGACAGGAAGUGGAACAGCGAAAGGAACUUCAAGUGGGAAUAGUAAUAGUGGAACUGGUUCGUUUUCUGGUGCAGGAAGGACAAGUGGACUUGGAGGUGUCUCAGUUAACGUUGCUCAGCACCUUCAAGAUCUACAGCGCAUCAUCAACCCUUCUGGCCCAGAGGAGAAUCAAGAUCUCUCCAGGAUGUUGGGUUAGUCCAUCUAAUGUUGAUGAGCCAAACAAAAAGAUAAAGAGAUUUAUCCUCCAUUCUGUUAAAUGCAAGCUCAUCGUAUUGAGUUCAUAUAUUGUUUAUAAAUAAUUAUACUAUAUGAUAUACACUUUUUAUGCCAGUUUAAACUUCAAUAUUCAUUUAUUAAAGUGAUUUGAAUAACUCGCACUGUUGAAUGUAAAAUGUUAAAUUUGUAUGUGUUAAUGAUUUGUAUCUACACAGGAAGCAACUUAUCAGGAAUAAGCAUGUUGUACUUUUUAUACUGUAAAUACAUACAAAAAUAAAAUCUUUGUUUUAACGUUA